AAUCAAUCUAUAAAUACUUGAUGUUUUGCUGCUGAAAAAUCUACUUCUAUUCUUCUGGCCAAAGUCUGGUCAAGUUCUUGUUGUUUUUGUUCAAUUCUAAUACUGAAACAACUUACAUAGGCCUACACAAAAGGCUGCCAUCUGGUAUCAAAGUUGUUGGUUUGUAGAAGCAAUAUCAGGUGCAAGGUGAAGAAAGAAAAUCCUUAAAACUCCAUGGCGGCCACAAUUCCAAUUUUUGAUGGUGACAACUACCAGUUUUGGAAAGUGAAGAUGAAAACUCUGUUUCUAUCUAUGGAUUUGUGGGAUACGGUAGAGAAGGGGUACGAUGGUGAGACCGACCGCAACGGGGAGAAACAACGGAAGGAUGCUGCAGCGCUUUCUCUUAUCCAGCAAGGCGUCUCAGACUGGAUCUUUCCAAAAAUCAAGGAGGCUAAAAAAGCGAAAGAAGCUUGGGACACUCUUCAGGACCCAUUUGAAAGAGAUGAAAGGCAAACUCGAUAUAGUUGUAGUAGACUGCGAAGCAUCGUAAGUCUCGGAAGACUCCCAGUACCCGCAAACAUCUCAAAAUCGAAGGAAACCAUUUUGAUAGUGGCUUCACUUAUAGCAACGGUGACCUUCACAGCAGGUAUCACCAUGCCUGGUGGGUACAUUAAUGAUAACAAAGACCCGAACCAAGGAAUGGCAAUUCUAACAAGAAAAGCAGCUUUCGUGGCUUUUGUGAUAACAGAUACCAUUGCCCUGACACUUUCCGUUUGUGCAGUGUUUGGCUACCUCUCUACUAUGCUUUACGACGACCCGAUUGUAUUAAAGAAGCAACUUACUUUAGCUUGUAGUAAUACUUGUAAUGCUAUGAUUGCAAUGUUGUUGGCAUUCAUUACAGGGGCAUAUGCUGUGUUAGCACCUUCAAGGCUUUCUAUUUCAGUUUGUGUAAUCCCUUGCAUCCUUGUGCUCUACAACGAGUUUUACGAUGGGUUCCUCCUACCUGUAUUGCGAACCGAAGACGUCUAAGCCCAGCGCUCACUCUCUCUCCCCCGAGUGAGCGAUAUCACUCUAUCUAUAGUUUAUGAUUUGGAAUUUGCCGAUUUGUGAUUUUCUGGGAAAAUAGUUUUGGUUGCGUUUGUGUGUGUGUGAAGAGAGUGUUUGUUUUGAUGGAAAAAAAUUUGGGGCGGUUGUAUUUGGGAUUUGCCGAUUUGAGCUCUGAUGAGUGCACCCAAUCUGUAUCAGUUUCAGUAAUUAUGUAAAUAAAAUCUACGCUUAUUGUUCCA